ACACUUACUCGGCGCAAGUUUAGGAGAUUUUGGCGACCUCACCUAAGUUCCUUCCUUAAAAUCCUUUUGUCUGAAGGUUGGAUGUCUGAAUAUUUUCGCAUCCAAGAAAAAGUUUUCGCUUUCAUUUAAAAUUUUCAUCUCGGUUAUCUACUUUGAUCUGAUUCCAGACUAGGAACUGGGAUUCAUUUCUUUGGACACCCGGGAUUGAGAUCAGAAAAGGACAAAAUGCCGUGGGCUUCCUCCUUUGUGAAUUGUGUGCGCUUGGUCGUGUUCUUUCGUGUCAUACUGUAAAUUUCAGGUGAAAUCUGAUCUGAAAGGAGUUCUUCUAGCUAUUUGGUGAGGGUGCAAUUUAUCACUGGUUUGGGGAUUGAGAAUGUAUGUUGCAGUAACCAUAAAGAGAUAUAGAGCAGUAAAGGAAGUUGGCAAGAUUAAAAUGAGCGUCGGUGUUGUUGCAUAUUACCAACGAGUGCAAGUUUGUCAGGCUGAAUAUUUCCGUCAGUUGCUUAAACCUGUUACGUAGUCUAAUAGUAAAAAGCCCUUGGUCAGUGGAAUCUGGUAUUAUCUGCCUGGUGAUUGUGUUUGUACGUAAGAAUGCAGUGACAGAACGGAACUUUGGACUGUGUUUGUUAUAUAGUUGUCAUCACAAGCUAUCAGAAGCUCCAUCCAAUUUGAAAUUGAAUAAACCAGUUCCAAAGCUGAAAAGUGAUCUCAGUGAACUUGUUGUUAAGUAGGAUAUUCAAUGCAAAGGGAUCAACAGUUUUAUCCCGAAAAGGGAAUCCCCACAUUUGCAGAUCAAGGGGGCAAUGAUUAUAUGCAUAUUCCUCCCCCAUCUGCUUCUGGUGCAGUUUUUCCUCCAUGUGCAAAGCCUUUGCCACCACUCCAUGGUGUUGAGUUUCAGCCAUCUGAGGUUUGUCCAACGAAUUUCAUUAUCUUUGAUCAGACUGAUCACAGAAGUCAAAUCAUGUUUAAUCCUUCUAUUGCACACAAAUUCAGUGCUCAUGGAUUAAAUUUCUGUGCUAAUUAUGUUGAACACACUCGUGACAUAAAAGAUGUUUAUCAUGGAGAAAAAGAAAUGUCAUCUUUUCUAAAAGAGGAUUCUGAUGAUAUUGAUGCAUUACUCAACUCAGAGGAGGAAGUAGAAGAAGAAGAGUAUAAUGAGGAAGAGGUGAGCACAGCACGGACUUGUGGACGUUAUGAAAACAAGUCUCCUGAUUCCUGCUCUACUCAUGGUUCCAAACCUAGGAGGACCAGAUCAUCUUCUACUCUGAGUUCAUAUGAUGGUGAUGGCCAGUGUGACAGUGAAAUAAAGCGACUGAAAAUGAAGAAGAUGGUAAAGGUUUUGAAGGGAAUUGUUCCUGGUGGGAAUCAGAUGGAUACUGUUGCUGUUCUUGACGAAGCUGUUAGUUAUCUCAAGUCUCUCAAGGUUGAAGCACAGAAGCUUGGAGUUGGAAAUUUGAAUUACUGAGUCAAACUAAGUUGAAUGCAUAUCAUGGUAACAAGUACCCUCUCCUUAUCUUAGAAUUUGAGUUUAUUCUCUUCUCUACUAGUUUGGUCUCUCUCACCAUUGACGUAUUUACCUUUGAGAGAUAACAGGGACGGUAUUCCAUGGUUAUAUUGGGAGUCCCAGUUAUAUUGUGAUAGUUCUGUGCAGUGCAUCGAUGGUUGUCAAAAUUUUGAAGCUCCCACGUUACCCUUGGAUGGAGAGAGAUGUAAUGGACAAAUUUAGCUUUGUAUGAUGGUUACUAAAUUCUGGUUUCCACUUUAUCUGUGUGGCCUGUUUAAAGUGUUUGAACCGAACGAUAUAAUAUGUACUUCAACUUUAUUUUGAAAGUCUUUGGCAUGACUGUUCUAUUUAA